AUGGAGAACGUGCGGAAACAUGUAGAUGUUGAACUCGUGACAAAGUGGGAGGGUAGAUAUGGAGCUGAAGCCUUAAUUUCCAAAUCUAAUUUCCACAUCAGAGCCAUUUUUAAUGAAAAUUUGGUUGCUGUGGAACUUAGGAAAAUGGAAGUUUUGAUGAACAAACCCCUGUAUGUUGGCUUGACUGUUUUGAAUGUGUCAAAAACAUUAAUUUACGACUUCCAUUAUGAUUAUAUGUUGAACAAGUAUGAUGAAAAAAAUUUGAAAUUAUUGUACACCGACACCGAUAGCCUGAUUUAUGAAAUCAAGUGCUCAGACAUUUACGCUGAUAUGAAGCAAGACAUUAUGAAAUUCGACACUUCUGAUUAUCCGGUUAAUAACGUGUACAAUAUUCCGCAAGCCAACAAAAAGAUAUUAGGUCUCAUGAAGGAAGAAUGUUGCGGAAAAAUUGUAACAGAAUUUGUUGGUUUGCGGAGAAAAAUGUACAGCGUCCGUGUAGAAGGGAAAGAUAUCAUAAAAAAGGCUAAAGGUGUCAAAGCAGGAGUUGUUAAGAAAAAUAUCGACUUUGAUGAUUAUGUUUAUUGUCUACGAAAUAUUAAAAUGCAAUCUAGAACGCAAUAUUCAAUUAGGUCGAAUCUUCACAAAGUAUAA